GGGUAGUCUUAACAUCUUUAAACACUUUAAGUUUCAUAUUUCCUUAAUCUAAACCUCAUGCUCUUUUUUUUUUUUUUUUGAGAAAUGAGUAGAAUUUUUAUUGCCCAACAACCUCUUUACAACUCUAUACAACAGCCAUCAAAAAGUUCCAUAACUAGAGCUCAAGGCCUCAUACCAAUCUCUAUCUAAUUUACUUGUUCUCUCUCUUUUAAAAUGAGAAAACCUAUUACAAACAUCAUAUUUAAUCUUUUUGACUAUAUUAUUUACAGUAUACACUUUUUGCUCCUACAAACUUACAUUCCUUGCUUCCCAAAUGCAAUACACAGCAGCAUUCAGAACAGCCACAAGAAAAUCUCUCCUGAAUUUUGACAAUUUCCUUCUCUUAAUGCUCUUCAAACAAGCUUCUAAAGUUCUUUGAGUCACCUUCAUCUCCACCCAAGAAAGGAUCCUUGAAACAAUUUCUUUACUAUAGAAGCAAUCAAAGAAAAUAUGCUGAUGAGAUUCAGCAGCCUGCUCACAAAGGAGGCAAUUACUUUCAGUAGUAAUGCCAAAGUGAUUUGCAUAAAGACCCCAUGAAUGAUUGUCUUCUUGUGAUGGAAAAAGAGGCUCGGGCUGAGCAUUUAAAAGCUUCUAGAGCUUAUCUCUCUUUUCUUAAACAGAAGGCUAAAAUGGCUUGGAUAGCUGAGGGAGAUGUUAAUUCCAAGAUGUUUCAUGCUAGCCUCAAAAGGAGAAGAAUGCAAAAUACUGUUCAUGCGAUUAAUGAUGAUAAGGGUAAUUGGGUAAAUGAUCCAGAAGGAGUCAAGAAUGCUUUCAUGGAUUUUUACACAACUCUUUUGGGCAAUAGCUAUGGGAAGAGAAUACCGGUCCUUACUAAUAUUGUUAAGGAAGGCCCUACUUUAAGUGAUUUUCACUGGCAAAUUCUCUUGGCUACUUACACUGAAGAGGAAGUUAAAGGCAGUUUUCUCUAUUCCUAAUGAUAAAGCUCCUGGCCCGGAUGGAUUUAGUAGUGGUUUCUUUAAAAAGACCUUGGAUUUGACGGGGAGAGACUUUACAGAAGCUGUGCUUUCGGUGUUGAACUCUGGGAGACUCCUAAAAGAGGUAAAUGCUACCACUUUGACUUUGGUGCCUAAGAUUAAAUGCCCAAAUAGUGUUAGUGACUUUAGACCCAUUGCUUGUUGCAAUGUGGUUUAUAAAACUAUCACUAAAAUACUUUGUGUGAGGCUUAGGAAAGUUUUGCCUGACUUGAUUGCUGCCAAUCAAAGUGGAUUUGUUCAUGGGAGAUAUAUUGGGCAUAAUAUUUUAAUUUGUCAGGAUCUUGUUAGUCAUUAUGGAAGGAAACAAAAUAGUCCAUCUUGUAUGAUUAAGAUGGACUUAAAGAAAGCUUAUGACACAGUGGAAUGGGGUUUCAUUAGAGAGAUGUUGAUUGCUCUUAAUUUUCCCAAUCAUUUUGUUAAUUUAGUGAUGGAAUGUAUGACAACUCCGAAAUUUUCUUUGAUGGUGAAUGGGGUUUUGCAUGGAUAUUUUCCCUCUAAAAGAGGUCUUAGACAAGGAGAUCCAAUAUCUCCGUUGCUGUUUGUUUUAGGGAUGGAGUAUCUCUCCCGUCUGAUGACCAAAGUCUCCAUGUUGGAUCAGUUUAAGCAUCAUCCCAGGUGUGCUCCUCUAAAGCUAAACCACUUAUGCUUCACUGAUGAUCUUUUACUAUUUUCCAGUGGUGAUGUUCCUUCUAUUAUGCUGCUGUUGAGAGCUUUUAAAAGAUUCUCUGAAACUUCUGGGCUUCAUGCGAACAACAGUAAGACUUUUAUUUACUGCUCAGUUUGCUUUGAUUGAGAAAAACCAAAUUAGUUGGCAAUUUGUUUGUAGCCAUGUGCACAUACUUCUCAACAUGAAAUUGCUAGGAAACUACCAAGAACUCAAUCUCUACAAACAAAAGGACAUAACCCACACACAUCACCAUCACCUAUAUCCAAUAAUCAUCUUAUCUCUUGGGUCACCCACUUCUCCUUUGGGUGGCCUCUACUCAACACUCACACAUAAUUGGUAGAGGAAAC